AUGGUCCCAGUGCACCUGAACAUACCUGUGGCCACGGUGUUUGUGCUGAGCUGCAUGUGUGCCGUGCCGCCGCAGGGCCAGAAGCCGGGUCACGGGGACCCCCUGACGGCCCACCGGGCGAACCCGCAGUGCUGGGACUCCUCCUCGGCUCUGCUGCUGGAGAUGCGCUCCCCGAGGAUCGCUGACACGGUGCCCGCCUUCUGGGACCUGAUGGUGUUCCUCAGGUCGUCAGAAAACGGCAAACACACGACGCUGUUCUGGGACCUGGCUCGGGUCUUCUGGGACAUCUAUCUGGACUGCGUGCUGUCCAGGAGUCACGGCCUUGGGCGGAGACACAUCACCGCCGUACACUCCCUCAUUACUGACAAGUCCAUCAGAUUCAACAGCUCAGGAGCAAACUCUGAGGCGUGGCUCAGUGUCAGAGUGAGACGCAGAGGACAUAUCAAGACCCUGAAGACCAAACCCAAAUCAAAUACACACUACCACUAAUAAUUUGUAAUAUUUCCAAGUUGAUACCUUCUGUCAAUAUGUUCUUAAGCACUGAAAAACUGGAAUAUUUUAUGAUUAUAUCCUUACAGCUACCUAAAGGAUAUUUGUGGCUCUCACUAGCCAGUUUGUUGACCUUAUCAUUGACGUUAUUGGUGGUUUAGGUGGUAAAGGAUAAUGGAGGCCUCAGCUGACGCCAUGAUUAUCUGUUUCAAGACCUCUUGAAGUGUAUUAUCACUUUAUAUCACAACCACUGCCCAAAAGAAAAGGAAAUUAUCAUUUUUUUAAAUUUAGUUUGUUGUUUAUUUAAUCUAUUCACAUCCUAUGACCUGUCCCAAUCAAAAGUAAUGUUUUUAUGUGAUGACAUAUGGAUAGUAGACGAUUCUUGUCAAAAUAAUUGCAGGAUUACCUGUUUGUUUAUUGAUUUAAAGUAUAAUAAACUGUUUGUUUGUUCAUUUAAAGUAUAAUAAAUUGAUGUAUCAUGGCUGUACCUUGUUUAUGCCUGACUAUCCAAAUUCACUCUCAGUAGCAGCAGGUGUUGAGCAGGAACAUGAAGGCAGUAAGUGGCCUUACAACCACAUAUCCAG